GAAGUUGGGAAUUCGCCAUGCAGCUCUAUCGGUAGGUGUUUGCGUACGGCUCGAGAGAGAGCCCUGAAAAGUGAACUUUUGGAGUAGCGUUAAAGUCGCCCGUCAAGGAGUCGACGUCUGUGCAGUUAUUCCUUUUAGAACUGGAUUCACAGUGGGGGGGGGGAGGGGGGGUGAAGAUGAUGUCCGAUGCCAGCGAGAUGUUGGCAGCCGCCUUGGAGCAAAUGGAUGGGAUCAUAGCAGGCUCCAAGGCCAUGGGCUACUCCAAUGGGCUGUUUGACUGCCAGUCGCCCACCUCUCCCUUCCUGGGAAGCCUGCGGGCGCUGCACCUGCUGGAGGACCUGCGGGCGGCACUGGAGAUGAUGGACCAGGAUGAGCGGGAGGGCCUCCGCUGCCAGGUCCCUGACACCACCGCCGACGGCCUAGUGGAGUGGCUGCAGCAGGGUCAAUUGACCAACGGAAAUGACUCCGCCAUGAUCUACCAGGAUCGACUGUCACGGGUGGAGAGCGAUAAGGAGUGUCUCGUCCUCCAGGUGAGUGUUCUCUCAGACCAGGUGGAGGUGCAGGGGGAGAAGAUCAGGGAUCUGGACAUGUGUCUGGAGGAGCACAGAGAGAAACUCGACGCUACUGAAGAAACGCUGCAGCAGGAGUUCUUGACCAGGUCCACCCUGGAGACCCAGAAGCUGGAGCUGAUGACCGAGGUGUCUAGUCUGAAACUGAAGCUGACCACUGUGGCGAGAGAUCGCAGGGAUAGUGAGGGGUUGUACCAGGAAGUCAAUGACCUGCGGUUCAGGGUGACCGAUAUGGAGAAUAAAAGACUGCAGUGUGAGAAGAAACUUAAAUCCACCAAAGAGGAACUGCAGACUCUUCAGAGGCAGCUGGAGGAGCUGAGGAGGCUAAGAGACCAGGCUACACAGGGAGUGCUGACCCCAGACAGAACAGAUGGAGAGAAAGAUGUGGACAUGCUGAGGAUGAAGAGGGCCAUGGAUUCCCUGAUGUCAGCUAGCAAUGACAAGGACCGGAGGAUCGAGGAGCUUCAGGAGUCUAUCACACGGUACAAGAAGGUCCAGGACUUGAUGAAAGACACACUGAAUGAAGACAAUUAUGAUGACAUCCAGGAUGACAGAUCCCCCUCCAUUCAGGUCGCCAUGGAUGCAGACCAGGCCACACUGGUGGUUAGGGAGGAGACAGGAAGGAGCUGUGACGAGAUUCCAUCUAUUGCAGUGUUUUCAGAGCUGGUGCAGGAGAGCCUGAUACAGGAGCCAGACACAGACAGUCCACCAGAAGUCCCACCACAUUCAGCAGGUAGCUUGGGCCACAUAAACAGCAACACAGAGCAGACCACAGUUGAGGUGCCCAGCCCCCCAUCCACCUCCCCAUCAAACCCCAGCAGUAAUGAAAGCUUUGGGAACAAGAAGGCCCGCUCCUCCUUUGGACGUGGUUUCUUCAAGAUGCGUGGAGGCAAGAGGACGUCCAGCGCCCCAAAUCUGGAUCGCAGCCGGAGUGCGAGUGCGCCUACGUUGGCUGAGACCGAGCGUAAUGGCACAGACCACUUGGACUUGGCUGGUGCCCCACCAGACAAACCUCAGGGAGGAGACAGCAGCCAGACCCUACCUUCCUCACCAGAGGCCAAGAAGAAGUCCAGAGGCUUUAAGAAGUUCUUAGGCAGGCUGAAGAGAAGUCACUCCACCUCACUAGACCUGGAGGAGACUGAGUUCAGACGGGGAGGAGUCAGAGCCACGGCCGGCCCCCGACUGGGCUGGUCACGUGACCUGCAGCACAGCGCCAAUGAUGUGGACGCUCCAUUUGCUCAGUGGAGUAAGGAGCAGGUGUGUUUGUGGCUGCAUGAGCAGGGCCUGGGGCUGCAAGUGGCUCAAGCCCAGCAGUGGAUCUGCUCAGGAUUCACCCUGCUGCAGGCCUCCCAGCAUGACCUGGAGAAGGAGUUGGGGAUCAAACAGCCCCUUCACAGGAAGAAGCUGCAGCUGGCUCUCCAGGCACUGGGAUCAGAGGAGGAUGUCAGCAAGGCCAAACUGGACCACAACUGGGUGACCAGAUGGCUUGAUGACAUUGGUCUGCCGCAGUAUAAGAGCCAGUUUGAUGAGGGGAGGGUCGAUGGGCGAAUGCUACACUACAUGACUGUGGAUGACCUGCUGUCUCUAAAAGUGGGCAGUGUUCUCCACCACCUCAGCAUCAAGAGAGCCAUCCAGGUCCUCCGGCUCAACUUCUACGAGCCCAACUGCCUCCGCCGACGGCCCUCUGACGAGAAUAACAUCACGCCAGCGGAGAUCUCCCAGUGGACCAAUCACAGAGUGAUGGAGUGGCUGAGAUCAGUGGACCUGGCUGAGUACGCUCCUAACCUGAGGGGAAGCGGUGUGCACGGGGGGGUCAUGGUGCUGGAGCCUCGCUUCAAUGUGGAGUCCCUAGCCCUUCUGCUCAACAUCCCUCCCAACAAGACCCUGCUGCGCCGCCACCUGGCCACCCACUUCCACCUGCUCAUCGGCUCCGCUGCCCAGCACAGCAAACAGGAGUGUCUGGAGAACCCUGACUACACCCUGCUCACUGCCACCGCCAAGGUCAAGCCCAGAAGGCUGUCGUUCGGUGGCUUCGGGACCCUGCGUAAGAAGCGCCAGGAGGACAGCGAGGAGUACGUGUGCCCCAUGGACGUGGAGAUGCCCAAGAACAGCAGCUUCCAGGGGGGCCUGAGGAGCUACGAGGACGACCUGGACCAGUUGGAGCAGAUGGAGGACUCGGAAGGGGCUGUGAGGCAGAUAGGAGCAUUUUCUGAGGAAAUCGACAACCUGACGAGCAUGCUGAAGGAAGAUGAGUUCUUCAGCGAGGUCUCCUCUCGCUCCCCCGAGGCCAGUGUCACCGAUGACGACUCCAACGUGAGGGAGAGUCCCCGCCAAUUAUAUGUAUUAACUUUAGAUGACUGACGGGGUGCUGUUUUGCAGCCACCACACAGCCAUUUUGUUACUCCUCCAUUGUAAAAAAGAUGUUGGAAGUUAUAGAAAUGCAAUGUCUACAUUUGUUUUUGACAAAUAUAUUCUAUUAGACACCUAAUAGAAUAAAUACCUAAAUACAUUUAAUUUUGUCCUUUAACAUUUUUGUGAAAUGCUGUAGAAUUCAAUUCAUUCCUAUGGAGGUGCUCCUUCUGAGGAGUACCAAUAUGGCAAUUUACAUAGCAUCAGCAAUCCAGGUUUUAUACACAUUGGCCCCUGCUGGCGUCGCCAUGCCAACCUAAUGAAGAGCUGUGACUGGCUCGCUUCUACAACCUGUGAGACCACUUAUGCCCUUAGACUUAAGUUGUUGUCAUUUCAGCAAUUUACGAUCUCUCUCUGCAUUCCCAAGUGAAGUUAUACAUGUGUAUUUAUUUAAGUUGUCGAAAUGUAGUGCAUGAAUUGAGAUUUCAACAUAGGAGCAUUUAUUUUAUACUUCAUACUUUUAUUGUAUUGCAGAACAGUUUUUUAUACAUUUUUUUGAAUAUCCACAAAUGAGUCCCUUACAUGGUAUGCCCUUGUCCCGACUUAUUUUUGGAAGUAAUUAUUAGCCAUUAUAUAACCUGAAAGAUUGGUCAAGUUGCAGUGGGACACUUAGAUCUGUCGUCAGACCACAGUUGGCUGUGCUCAACUGAAGUCAAAACAUUGCAGGCUGGCUUAAUCCAGAAUUAUAAUUUCCUCUCCAUGUUGUCCUCUCAUUUGAUGCUCCUAUCUGCAUGUUUUGUUUGUGUCCCAAAUUAUUUCACUAUUAUCACUUUGGUUUGUCCUCCCAUGUUGUUGAAUUUGUCAUAAUAUCCAUGAAUUUUAGGAACAUUACAUGGAAGCCCAACCUUCUAGAAUGUAAACAUCACCACAAAGCAAUGAUAUCGUUCUGCAAGCCAUAACCAUACCAGUGAACACUGUAAUGGACUGUGUACUGUUUCUAUGCAUCUUUUUUUGUAAAGAAUUGUCAAUAAAAACUAAUAUGGUAAAAAAUGA